AAAAUAUUGCGUCCUAUCGAUUGGUGGGAGGCGGCCGAGUACGGUUAUUGCAUCGUUCGAAUCGCCACGAAUCUCGCGGCGCAAUUCGCCGUGCGCAUCCUUGGACGCACGUAUGUACCCAUACCCCUGCUAUACCGUAAACAGCCACUAUUGCUCAAAAGUUUUGAUAACAUCUAUGUCUAUGUCUCGGGCCCAAUAUAUAGUUUUGCAAAUACUUCCAUUUAAGGUGACACAUGUCGUCAAGAUUCUCACUUCUGUCGAAGCUUGCGAUGUGCUGGUGCCGCCGUUGUUUUGUUUCGUGUUCAGAAUGCCAGCAACAGCAUGUUUCUCAGCUCAUGUUACCGUCCAUUUCGCGAUGGCUAUUGAAAGAGGAAUUGCAACUAAGCAGAUGAGUACUUAUGAGAGGAGUGAUGGUAGAAUCGGAUUCAUCAUGGCCAUUCUAUCGGUAAUUAUUUUUCUCGGAUUAAAAUUUCAAGAAUUUCAGUGCUUUAUUAAGACCAUUCGGACCGUCCGGCUGACGCCGGGCUUUCCUCCUUCUUGUGUGAAAGUCGGAAUGCCCGAUUAG